AUGAGGUUUGCUAGAGAGGGUCUUUGGCAUAAGGUGAGGGGAGAAGGUAGAAGAAGGGAGACAAAAUGGGAUAUAGCGAGAGAAGGGAAGAGGAUGGAUAAACAAAAAGCGUCCUCCUCGUCUUUUUUUGUAACUGAAUUUGGGGAUAGGUGGAAGGCAAGGGAUUUGUUCUUUGAAUUCAAAAACCUGGGAGAAAUAGAGGAAGUAGUUAUACCGCCAAGAAAAGAUAAGUUUGGGAGACGCUUUGGUUUUGUCUGUUUUCUCAAUGUUAAAGAUGAGGAGCUCUUGGCAACAAAGCUGGACAAUAUUGUUCUUGAUGAUAGAAAGAUCUUUGCGAACUUGCCACGCUUUAGUAGGUCAAAUCUUGCUAAAACGUCUGGUGUAGAAGCAAAAACGAGGGCACCAACUCAGACGCCAUUGAAAGGAUACGGUGGCGAUAGAUUCGGGGGAAACAAAUACGGAAAGUUUGACAAAAACCGCUCCUAUGCGAAGGUAACCCAGAAUAUCAGGGGUUGUUCUAAUGAUACAGGAGAUAAUCUGAUGAAAAAAAUUGUGUCCUUCCAACCAGGUUAUGAUGUUUUAUCGCAGUAUAAGAAUGCAUAUACAGGCUGGAUUAAGGAGGCGGGAAAGAUGGCUGACUUGAAAAGUUUGUUCCUUGAAGAAGGCAUUUUCACUAUUAGGAUCACUCGUCUGGGACCUAAUCUAUGCAUCUUGGAGGACCUGGUCGAAGGAGAAGUUGAACUGUUUAUGGAGGAAAAGAAAUCUUGGUGGGAGCAGUGGUUUAGCAAGUUAAAGAGAUGGGAGCCAGAAGACAUAGAUAAAGAGAGGGUGGCUUGGAUAAGGGUGAUGGGUGUUCCUUGUCAUGCCUGGUGUGAAAAGUGUUUCUGUCUUCUAGUGGAUUCCAUUGGGGUGUUUAUGAAAUGUGAAGAAGGAACGUUAUUGAAGAAUAGGAUGGAUGUAGCAAAUAUUUGUAUCAGAACCAAGAUACAAGACAGAGUGGAUGUGGUAGUAAGGCUAUCCAUUGAAGGGCAGUUUUUUGAUGUUAGAAUGAUGGAGGAUAUCCAUGGUUUCUCGGAAAGGCCAAAGUAUAGAGCUUUCGGAGAAGAAGCGGAAUCGGAAGAGUUCUCUCAGUCGGAGGACGGCAAGUACGACGGGGAGGAGGCGGUAGAUGUUCUUCUCGAGGAAGUUGAUGAAGCGCAGCAUGUUGAUGUUGAUGGGACGAACCCUACUAAUAGGAUUAGUCUAUUGGCCUCUAGUUUUGAUUCAAAGUGUCGGAACCUUUCGAAAAAGGUUUCUUUUGGUGUAUCUGAUUCUGGUAAUGUUGAGUGGCCCGAGGCAGAAAGGGAGCAAGCAUUUAAUGUUAGUGGGUCAGAAGGAAAUAUCAGUGAAGUAGGGGAGUAA